GGUCCUGGGGAAGAUUGGGAUUUCUUAAACAGCGAUAUCCAACUGUGCCCUUAAUGUUACUAACUGCAACUGCAUCAAGUACACAUAUUGAAGCUAUUCAUGAAACCCUAAAUAUUGAACAAGAUAAUUUUGAAAUUAUCCGUAGUACAAAUUUAUUACGUCAAGAAAUUCGAUAUGAAGUUGUAUCAAAAAAAGAAAGAAAGGAUACAAUAAUCGGAGAGAUGGCUGAAAUGAUUUGUACUAUUGAAGAUGUUGAACUUAUACAGUUAUCUGGUCGUGCGGGGCGUGAUGGGAAGCCAGCAAAAGAUGUAAUUUUUUUUGGGCUAAAAGAUUUUGAUAGCGAAAAUGUGAAUCCUGUAUAUGAGGAAUAUUUGCAAACUAUGCAAAAAGAUCUUUUUAAUAUAGCAGCUUUUUGUGCAAUACAAUAUGACUGUUGUCAACAAUUCUUGUGCAAAUACCUUUGGCCAGAAUUAUCUUCUUCUUAUUAUGAAUGUAAUAAUUGCGACAAUUGUCAGAGAAGAAGUAGAGAAAAUCCACAACUUACUAAUGCUCUUUCGGAAAUUUUAGAAAUGUUAGAAAUAGUAGAGGCAUUAACAAAGAAUAGUCUAAUAGAAGUUUCACCUGAUGAUGUUAUCGAUGUGUUUAGCAGAUCAAACACUGAUAAAAUUCGAAAGAACAAGUAUAAUGAGCUUACAUUACAAAAAAAUACCAGGGAGGUAAAGUUAUAUAAAGAGGAGCCACCAACAAUUUUAGUUCCUAAAGAAAUAGCACGAAUUGCUCUAAAUGAUUUGGUCUGCAAAAACUUAGUUAAGCAGGAAAUACGAUUACAAAAAUCUAAGACAAUACAAUAUUUAUCAUGCAAUAUAAUUGUAAUGGGAAUCUCUGAUAAUGCCAAAGAACGUGCGGAAAAAGAAUGUUGGGAGUAUUGG